ACCUCAUUGAACCUCAGCUCUGAAAACAGGCACAGAGGCACGAACUGGUGAGUCAAAAUGCUUAUUCUUAUUCUCAUUUUUACUCUUGUUGUUGUUGAUGUGGAGCUUUAGUUGCGGGUUUACUUGUGGGAGAAUUUUGUGUGUUCAUGUGGAAUGGCUAGUUGGAAGUGCAUGGCAUUAAUUUUUCAAAAUGAAAAGAGAAAUUGAAAUAAAAUAUCAAGGCUUGCACAUAUCGCACAUGUAGUAGAUGUCAGGGAUAUUUAUAUAUGUGAUGUGACUAAACUCUGAUGAAGUUUUAACGUCAGACUUUUACAUAAUGACAAAACCGACUGCCUUUUCUAUCUGUUUGCUCUUCUUCUUGUUUUCUUAAAACUUGUGUUCUUAAUAAGAAUUUAGUCGAAUUUAGUCGAAUUUGUCUUUUUUUGUUUGCCAAAACCUGCAUUUUUGUGAAUUUUGGGACAGAUGAGGUCGACAGGUGACCCUGAUGUUUACUCCCCCCGAUGGCCAUAUUGCGGAACUGCAAGGCAACUUUUUCACGAUGCGGAAAAAAAAAAAACACCGUUACACCGUUCCACCGUUACUUGUAAUUGCGCGAAGAAAUAAUUUUUUUAAAGUUUUCUCUAAAAUAAAUUUAGGGACUGUGUUUUUCAGACUUGUCACAUAUGUUUAAUGACAUUUACGGAGAUUAAAAAAAGCAAACAGGAGUAACGUGACCGGAACUUAAACCAACUUAUGUUUCUCUCCGGAACAGCUCAGAAGGACUGUCAACAACAAACAUGGCGCCGCUCAUCGCUUAGCUUGACCUGUAUCGACGAGAUAAAUGAAAAGAAAAAGCUUGUUUUGAAUUUACGGCAAGUAAGUUGAUCUCGUGUUUUUUUUCUUACGUGAAGCAUUUGCCAAUCAUAGCGUUUUUCAGUCUUGAUUAUGUUUUAGUUUUAAACAAGUAAUUUGGUUUGAGUUUGAUCAAUUGAAGGAGAGGGUGAGUCAUAUGUUCAAAAAUGAAUAUUUCAGCUCAUUCAGAGAGUUGACCAGCUUCGACUUGUUUAAGUGCAAAUGUUUAGUCUUCCUUUGUCUUCUUGUAAGAUGCUCUUUUGCAGAUUGUUCGCUAUCGGUGCAGCUAACCUACUUUUCAGUGCAGUCUCCAACAUCAAUGACUUCCUGCCCCGGGCCUUCAUGUUGCCAUAACAACACACUGCAGACUCAAUAUAUGAAGGACAUUAAAGGAGGUCAACCCACUAUCCCACGAGGCUAGCUUCAUUCCAUUUGUUCGCUAAUACAUGUAUAUCAUAUUAAUAUAAACACAACUACACCCGGAGAUAUUAUUCCAUACUAGAAGAGCUACUCGUUUUAUUAAAAAACUGAUGCAAUUUUGGAUUCAGCAAACAUCAGGUACAGUCUAUUCUGCUAUAGAUACCUUUUGUGGCGUGUGUAACAGUUUGGGAUGAUUGUCAAAGGUGGGGCUGACCUUGAUUAACAGUUGCUCUUUAUUUUACCUGACGUGGAGCUUAUUUUUGAAUGCAACAAAAAACAAUUAUAUAUCCCCUCUCAACCUAUAGAGGAUAUACAGAGUGCAACCCCAGAUGUAAGUAGUGGGGGCACUUCCAAAAUACCACUAAAAGCAUAUUUAAAUGGUUCACAAAUAAUUCAAAGCCUUUAUUUAAUUGAAAAUAGUAAGAUAAGAUAUGAAGAUUGAAAUUGAAAAAUUCUGUUGUUUUACAAAAAUGUAUGCUCAUUUUAAAUUUGAUGCCAGCAACAAAUAUUUAAAAAGUUUGUGCAUGGGUAUGUUUGCCAUAGCUUUGCAUCACCUCUUCUUCAACAACAGUCUAUAAAAGUUAAAUAAUGUCAAUGAUUGCUCCAGAUUUUCUGGAUCAUUUCUGACAUUCAACAUUAUUGAAAGAGCUGAACCAUUUCAUCAUCCAGUCUCUCAAAUUGCAUCACACCUUUGUAAUGCAAUUUUUCACUCAAAAAAGUUACAAACCUGUUGCGAAUUAACCACAUUAGUUUAAAGAUGUUCCUUCAGGGCUUUUUUAAGCACUAAACAGCUUCUUUUUUGUUUUGUUCUACUUACCUCAACUGCUCUGAGAUAUGUUGCUGGCAUUAACUUGAAAACGAGUGUUUACAAUGAAAUGUAGGCUUCAAAUGAUGUGCAAAUGAUCAAGUUCUGUUUUGAUAACACUUGACAGUGUAUGGAUUUAUUACAGAUUUAUAUCUUCAGUAAGAAGUGAUGGAGUUGUGGCUAAGAGCCAAAGCCAAAAUGUUAGUCAGUAAUGAGAGACAGACUGACAGAUUCUGGCUUAAAUUCAGAUAAAAAGAUUCAUAUCAUGAGCUGCCUCUUUACUCUGUCCAGCAGACUUGGAAAUCAAUUUACCUGGUCAUUUCUUUGUCUCCUUAUCAGAUCAUUGGAGCACCUAGUGGCUGAACACUGAGCAGCGGCGAAGUCAUGGUACUGAAGAUCUUCUUCCCACAGUGCUGUAACCGGGCAGACAGUGGGCUUCUGGUCGGCCGCUGGAUCUCUGGUCAUGACUCCGCUGUGGUGUUGGCUGUAAUCCACUACCCGUUUAUCCCCGGGCAAGUCAAACAGUACAUCCAGCAGGUGGGUGCAGCACAGAACACACCUCUGUGCUUUCUAUUGGAGUGGAUCGCUCAAAUUAGACUCAGAUAAGAUUUUUAGAAACAAAAGCUCCUUGGGAUCAUUUCAAAAUUCAAAACGCAGCUUUAAUACAGUUUAUGCUGUUUGGAAGGUACUUCAAGUAAGUGGUUGACCAAAACCAGACUUCAGCAGCUCAUGCCAAUAAUUGGAGAGCAGGUUGACUGAUUGCAUUUGUAAGAGUCCUGUGUUUUUUUGUGUUCCAUGAAAUUAAAUCAGGAACAAAUGAGAAAAAAGUCCUGAACUAGAAUGGUUAAUUUGUUAUUAUUGACCUUCCCCUGUGUUUACUCAGUAAAAUAUUGCCAAAAGAGAUUUCUGGAUUUCUCCCGAUUGUGACCUUUAUCUCAAGUUACUCUAGUCCAAGCACAUAAUAACUGAAAGUGACAUUUUAUCUUGCUGAACUUAGUGAACAUGUUUUGUUGUUGUAUAGAAAUUUUAACUCUUCUUCAUCCUUGUUUCCUCUAGAUGCAGGCUCAGAGUGGAGUGGAGCUUUCAGUGCUGGGCUCAUGGAGUUUACCCAAGGAGGGUCAAGAGGGGAUGGAGAGCUUCCUCAGGGACCUCAGCACCAUCUUCCCUCAGGAACGCUGGCUUCAGAUCAAGCGGCAGAUGGGCAAAACAGGCUUCACCUGUGAGAUCCUCAACAGAGACCAGAGUAAGAGCCUCAGACAUCUAUUCACCUGGUUUGAAGCUCUUCAGUUUUGAAUAGACACAGACAUUAUAUUUGAUAUUAAAUUGUCAUCUUUAGCUGUAGUUGAAAUUUUGAAAUAUGAAACAUCGUUUAGUUUAUUAUCUGUUUGGAAUACUUCAUACACCCCAGGAGAAAUUUCUGAGAGAAAAGCAGGAUUUUAAAAAGAAUCUAUCUUUGUGACCAGGUGGAAAAGCGGCUCAGCAGGACUCUAUAAAGAAAAAGAAGAAGGUGAAGAUUGAAGAAGAUUAUCAGCAUGAUGACAGUGAUAACAAAAAACAGCAGGAGAAGAAGAAGGAGAAGAUUGAAGAAGAUGAUCAGCAUGAUGACAGUGAUAACAAAAAAAAGCAGGAGAAGAAGAAGGAGGAGGAGGAAGGGGAAGAGGAGGAGAAGGUGAUCUUUGUCCACUACGAACAGAGGAAAGUGAUGCUGUCGCAGCUUCACCCGAUCGAAAAUGGAGUUCCAGACCCCAAAACAGAGCCACCGUCUGAGCUGAGACAGGUAGGAGACAGAGGUGACAAGGAGAAAAGUCACAGAGCUGUUUAGUUUCAGUUUAGUUUCUCUGAGCUGCCUUUAUAAUGACAGUUCACAAACAGAUGCUGUAAACUUAGGCUUGAAGAGGGAUUGUUUGUUUGAGAGCCUCUUGGUAAAGUGUGUGUGCAGGUGUAAACAGGUGGUCAUGCUUGUUCUCAAGAUUCUUCCUCCUUUCUGGUUCAGGUGUUUCAGACAGUGGCCCGUAGCCAGCCGCUGUUCUUCCUGGACAGGUAUGACGAUGGGCCGCUGAAGUCCACACACUGGCAGUCUGAAGGCAGAGAGGCCAGCAUCAUCAUGGAGCUGCUCAAACAGGCCUCUGUGCCGCUCUGCCUGCUCAUCAGCUGGCUGCUCUCUGUAUGGACCUGGAUCUGCAACGUGAGGUGAGAAGAGGAAGCUUCAGGUUUUUCUCGCAGGAAAACUUUCCUGAUCGUCAUAAACAUUUAAGUAAUACAAACUGUGUUCUGUCUCCAGGAUCUUCAGUCUGUACCCGCUCCGAUUCCUGUCCAGUAAGCUGUCUACCUGUGUCCAGCUCAGCUACAGAACUGAACACCUGAGGACGCUAAGUUCAGCAAAACCAGCAACAGGACACACAGAGUUCAUGAGGUGAUUGUUAGAGAAAUCAGCAGACAAACUGUUGGAUGUUCUGGACUUUCCUUGCUCUUGUGUUCUCUGUUUGGAGUUUUCAUGUUUGUCUGUUCGCAGGAAAUCAAACAUCUUGGUGUCAUUCCUGAUCGAUGUGGCUCUCGGCUUGUUGCUCAUCUCGUGGCUCUACAGAGAUGACCACAUCCGCAUGUUAGCCAACACACUGGUGCCUGCAGCUGAUGUAAGUGUAUUACAUCAGCUGAGAUCCAAAACUAACAGUCAUUUAACCCUUGUAGACAGAUUGUAAUUGUUCUAUUAAAACUAUCUGAUAUUCUAGCAUAUAGUUACUCUGUUUUAAGACUGAUUCUGGUUGGUCUUUUUUCACAUUUUAUGUCCCCCUCUCUUUCUUAUUUGGUUGGUUUAAAGAAACCUGAAAGCAUUUUCUGUGGCCUCUGAUUUACCUCCUCUGAUUUGAUUCUUCCUCAGCAUGUAGCGAAGGAGCUGGAGGAGCUGCUGCAGUGGCUGAUGGGGGCUCCUGCGGGGCUGAAGAUGAACCGGGCCCUGGACCAGGUCCUGGGUCGUUUCUUUCUGUAUCACAUCCACCUCUGGAUUAGUGAGUCACAGCACAAACACACUCAGCACUUUGGGUUUUACUGAUAUUUUCUCAAACGUGUAUCUUAAAAUGAUCAAGCCAAAAUAAAAAAUGCAGAAAACAUAAAAAAGAAAAACACGAGUCAGACAUCUUGUUUCCAUGCAGGCUAUAUCCAUCUCAUGUCACCCUUCAUCGAGGGGAUCCUGUGGUACGGUGGCCUCUCAGCUUGCCUAGGCCUGACCUUUGCUCUCUCGCUGCUCUCUGACAUGGUCGCUCUGCUCACCUUCCACAUCUACUGCUUCUACGUCUACGGAGCCAGGUCAGACAUCACAUGCUUUAAAGACAGAAAAGAUGUCCUUUUUUAUUUGUCUUAAUAAUAGAUGUUCGCCUGAUUUCUUGAUCUAUUAUGUUUCAAUAUAAAACCCGACUCACAGAAGUGACCGGUUUACUUUCUUAUUGAUUUGGCCAGACAGAUUGUGUUCUUCAUGGAGUCAAGGAUGAUCCACGUUACAAUUCCUCCUCUCCUAAAUUAAAAAUUGGUAUUUUCACUGUGCUGUGUGCUUAUGGAUUGCAACACAACCUACAUGGAUAACCCAGUAUUCAUAAAUUAAUUACAGUAUUCUCUAGUGAAUAGAUUUGGACUUGAAUUAUCCUUCAUUUUUGUGCACAGUGUGUUCAUUGCAUUAAGUGUGUCUCCACAUGUUGGGAUGAUGAGAUUGAGAGACAGCAGAGAAAUAUUGAAUCAGUUAAGCAGAUGGUUUGUUACUCUACAUGGCCCUAAAUGUGGCCCAACACACAUGAGUGCACACAUUCUCAAACCAGUGCAGAGCAUUUUGGCCACAAAGAUCAAACAGACUGGUCAAUCCCGGCUAACACAGGGAUUGACCAGCCACUCUCUUGCACCAUGAAAAGUUUCACCAGUGGAGUUUGGUGGCUUUGAAGAGAUAAAUGUUGCAUCUAUUUCCAGAUUUAAAAAAUCUCUCUUUUUAAAUACUAUUAUUAUGUUUUUGUUUAGCCAAUCUAAUGAACAUUUGUGCUUUUAAAACUUUAACCAUGAUAGUCAGAUUGAACUCCAGGUGCACACACCUCCUGUGUUUUAUUUGAAACCAGGACUCAUGGUCUCUGCUGAAGCCUGAAAGCUGUGAUAACAGUCUUGAUCAUUGGAGGAGAGAGGAUUGACUAAAUUAUGCAUUUGCUCUAAAGAUAGCUUAGCUCGCUCGCCUGUGGUGUAUAAUGAAAUAUUACCCACUCUUCUGGUUACAUAUUUAUGCUCUAACAGCUUUUUGGAACACGUCUGAUGUGUGGUUAAAACCUUUGUCAGGGUAAGUCAUUAAAUCUGUAUGAUGUGGCCUAAAUAUAAAUCUCCUGAUCAGACCACAGCUCGGUUUAAACAGAGGAGAAGUGAUGUGGAAAAGCUUCACUUCAGAGUGAGAUGGAGGAAGAUGAUCUGGCUCUCUCUGCAGGCUGGAAACGAUUAAGACUAGAGGAAUUUAAGACAGAUAAAGACUCAAAGUUUAAGAGGGAGUUAGACUAUAUCAAGAUUAAGACCUGGACGUGGUGAAAAGUUGACUAUGAACUGGUUUUUGACCACUUUCUUUAAUAAACCCUUGAACUUUUCUAUCCUGCUUUCUAAUAACACAUUCUUCUGUCACUCAGUCUCUCUCCUCCUCUUAUUCAUCUGGUAUGGUUUUUGUCCCCCUGACUGUCUGUCUGUGUGUCUGUCAGGCUAUACUGUCUGAAGAUCUAUGGCCUCUCGUCUCUUUGGAGGCUCUUCAGAGGGAAGAAGUGGAACGUCCUGCGGCAAAGAGUGGACUCCUGCUCUUACGAUCUGGACCAGGUCACACACACACACACACACACACACACACACACACACACACACACACACACACACACACACACACACACACACACACACACAAACACACACACACACACACACACACACACAAACAAAACCAUAUUGAAGUGUUCAUCUGAGAGAUGCUGAUGUUUACUGUGUGUGUUUGUGAUACUUCAGCUCUUCAUUGGGACUCUGCUGUUCACCAUCCUGCUGUUUCUGCUGCCCACCACAGCACUCUACUACCUGGUCUUCACUCUGGUAAGACAAGACACCAUCAUGUGUGCAAAAUUAAGCUAUGACAAUAGAUACAAAGCCAAUUACCAACACAGCUGUAAAGGAUGAUCUGUAUCACUCAAGGUAAUGAAAAUGGCAUGAUUCUUCUGUCAAAGUAAUAAAUAGGCUGAUUUAUGACUGAAAAACAUGGUGCAAGUAGAAAAUAAAAUAGUAGAUUGAGUUUGAUCCAAAAAUCUUCUGAAAAGAAUAUCAUAUUUUGAUUCGUCCUGCUACAGACAGUUUAGCAUACCUUCAUUUGUGGAUGCAAAAAUAAAGUGUGUUCUAAGACGGUGGUGUUUGGAUGCUAUUUUCAGUCCAUGCAGUGAUUUGCACUACAGAAUCACGCCUCCAAUUACUCAAAGUAAUCAAGCAACAUGCACAAACAGUUUUUUUUCUUUCUCUUUAAUUUUUUGUAUUGAUUUACAAACCUGAAAAAAUAGCCAUUUGUAUAUUUGUGUGUUAUGCAGUUGCGUUUGGGGGUGGUGCUGUUCCAGGGCAUCCUCCACCUCAGUGUGGACUUCAUCAACUCUUUCCCUCUGUUUGCCAUGGGCCUUCGCAUCUGUCGCUCCUACAGACUGGGAGGUAUAUCACAUUUUCACAUUGUCCAUCAUACUAUAUUUGUCCAGCAGAUGUCAUUUAAAGUCACUUUAAAGCAAAGGAGGUCUUCGACAAUCUCUUUUUGUUUACAAUGCAUCAAGUUGCACAGGGAAGUAAACGUCUUAUAAAUUGAUUGU